AUGAUAAGCCAAUUACCUGAUCCUUUGAUCUGUCACAUACUUUCUCAUCUUCCCAUAAAGGACCUUGUUACGACACGCGUGUUAUCCACCAGAUGGAGGAGUCUCUGGCUUUGGCUUCCUUGUUUGGAACUGAAUUCCUUAUACUUCCCAGAUUUCAAUGCCUUUGUGAGUUUUGGUGACAAGUUUUUCGAUUCCAAUAGGGUUUCAUGCAUAAACAAGUUCAAGUUAUAUAUUUAUGGUUAUGACGUUGGUGUAGAUGACCCCUCUUAUCUCACGUCAUGGAUUGAUGCUGCAGUUAAGUGUAAGAUCCAACAUCUACAUGUUCAGUGUCUUCCAGCUAAAUAUAUUUAUGAGAUGCCCCUAAGCCUUUACAUAUGUGAGACACUAGUCUACUUAAAACUCUGUAGGGUGAUGUUGGAUGAUGCCGAGUUUGUUUCCUUACCUUGUCUGAAGACUAUCCAUUUAGAAUAUGUUUGGUUUCCCAAUGAGGCAAAUCUUGAGAGAUUUGUAUCUUGCUGUCCUGUCUUGGAAGAGUUAAAGAUUUAUGGAUGUGGGAAUGAGAAUGCAAUAACCUUACGGUUGCUCUCUAGAUCACUGAAGAAGCUGAGUAUAAACAUUCUUAAAUCUAUGUGUGAUUUUCAUUCAGAAGUUGUGAUUGAUGCUCCUCUACUAAGUUAUUUGAAAAUCAAUGAUAACGUAUCAGAACGCUAUAUAGUAAACAAUUUGGAGUCCAAUGCCAAAUUAGAUAUUUCUCUCCCCUUUGGUUUGCUAGAUUUUGAUGAAGCAAGUGUUUCAUCGAGGACAGAUAGCAUCCACAGUUUUCUCCGCGGUAUUUUGAAAGUCAGCGAUAUGACAAUUUGGGUGGACACUUUCAAGCUCAUAUGUAAAUACUCAGAACUAGAAUCGCUGCCUCGGUUUGGUUACAUGUCACGCCUGCAUGUUACUCUUUGUAUAUAUGAUUUGAAAUGGUUACCAACAUUUCUUGAGAGCUGUCCAAACUUGAAAUCUCUCAUCUUGGUAUGUGUUGGUGAUAAUGAUGAAAUGCUUUCGGAGGAGAUGAUUCAAUUCGGUUCUUCAUUGGUACCUGAGUGUUUGCUAUCGUCUCUCGAGUUUGUUGAUAUUCGAAUACCGUUCCGGGGACAUCUUGAAGUAAUGAAGCUAGUAAGGUACUUUCUAGAGAAUUCGGCUAUCCUCAAGAAACUCUCUCUAGAUCAUGACAUCUUCAAGAAACUCUUCACAAUACCAAGACGCUCUACCAAGUGUCAAGUCGUCUUCAUUUGA